AUGUUUAUGUUAUUAUUAUUCACAUUGUGUAAAUCAAAUAAUAGUCCCGAUGAAAAGAAAUUUUCAAAUUUUGAUUUAAAACCAAGUUUUGCGAUAUUAAAUUCAACAAGUAAAAUAAAAUUCCUAUGCACCAAAUACAAAGAUGAUAAUAUUGAUUUCGAUAUUAGUUUAGUACCAGCAAUUUCUUCAGAUAAUUUAAAAAUAUAUAAAAAUCAUCUUAAUAAUACAGCUAUGAAAAUUAUUAUUGAAUCAUCAGGUUAUAUUGGUACUUUUCAACUAAUUUGUUCUCCAAUAAACAAUAAAACGGUCGGUGUUCGAUCAGAUAUUAUCAUUGGUAUUUCACCUGGUCUACUUACACGUAUAGGACGCUGUAUUGUAUAUGAAAAUAAAUACAUUGAGUGUAACAUUCGUGCACCGAAAAUAGUAUCUGCUAUUGAUAAUCAUUAUCAAUAUGAUUUUAAUUUUAUAGAAAUUCACCAAUCUUCAAAAGAGAAUGCUUAUAAUCAACUACCUGAAUUAGUCAAAAUCGAUAAAAUAAAUAACACUUUAACAUUUCGAUGGUUUCCAAUGAAUGAUGGCGUUUUUCCAGAGGGAUUACAAAUGCUUAUACGUGAAACAUCACAAUACUUUGAUUCGACUGAUUAUUUAAUGGGUAUGACACCAAGUUUUUUGAUAAAAGCAAAUUUUACAGUUCAAGUUUUAUCAUCAACUAAUUUUCAAAUUCAUUUUGAUCAUAGUACUUUUUCAUCACCUUUAAUGUGUCAUGGAAAUAUAUCAAGAGAUAACAAUUCUACAAGUUUAAAUCAAGAAGAAAAUUCAAGAACUUUUGAUGAAACUUAUCAAACUACUAUUAGUAUAACCAAUUUGACACCAAAUACGUGGUACCAGUUAUGUUUUCAGUGUCGUCGAAAUGCAUCUGUCAAGACAAUCAGUGAAACACUAUGCAUAAGAGAACAAACCAAAAAGUCAUCGAGUAUUUUAUUUUAG